AUGUCUUUCCUCCUUCAACGCCGCUCCAAAGCAGCUGCACCCACCCCCGACCCCCCUGUGAGACAGCAAGUUCCAGAUAGCGGAGUAAUCCAAGCUUCGGUUUUGGUCGUUCCUCCAGACGGUUUGGUAUGCAAAACGGGGAUGAAGUAUGAGGAGUUCGACGUUAAAAGCCUUUCCCCAGAAACGUAUUUCGAUUACGAAAAAAUUUAUGGGGUGGUUCAAGUGGCGCAGUGCAAUUCUGGCGCCAUCAUCAUUGCCGACAUAGUUUCCGUGCCAAUGAAAGAUGAAGAACAAUUUAGACCAGAGACCUGGUACCUGUCAUUGAGGCAUGCAUGGAAAUAUCCUGUCAUUUGUGGUGAUGCUCUGUUGCUCGCUCGCUCAAAGGCCAAGGUCGAUCAGCACCAUAGUAACAGCGUCAUGCAGCCUGACAAAGAUUACAAAAGUUCCCGUUACUAUAAUAUAAAUAUGAAGUCAGGUGUCGUAGACGACGACCGAGAGGAGGAAUUCGGCAGUUCAUCAAAAAUGAGCUUGAGGGCGGACCGCGUUCGGUUGAUGACCCAAAAUACUACUACUACUAAUAUGGUAUAUAAAUAUGAAGUCAGGUGUCAGAAAUUUGCAACCGAUCAGCAUAAGCCUGCGCUCUUGAAAGGCGUUAUCUAA